AUGGGCUGGGUUCCGCGGCGUUCUCGCGUGAGGAGAGGCGCGAGGCUCAGCCUCAACAAUUCCCUCGUUGCCCUCUCUCGCCUUGGAACAAGACGUGGCGGCGUCCCUGCCUUCUCUGCGCUGGGCUGUCAUGAGCUUUUUCCUGCGAUACAGUGGAUACAGUUCGCCGUGGCUACUCUGAGUGUUAUAGGUUCCAGUUCACUUAUCACCUACAUCGUGUUCCAGAACCCACAGAAGUCUGCAGAGGUAAAGUCACUCUUGUAUCUGAGCUUUUCUGACCUGCUCCUGGGAAUUUGCUGGCUCAUAAAGGCACUUCUCUAUGGAACCGCAGCAGCCCACAAGGACAGCAUCUGCUAUAACCUACAGACUGCGGGAGAGAUUUUCUACCUGGCCUCACUCCUCUUCACCGUCAGUUACAUCUGGUGUCUGUACUCGGAGCUGAGGAGGAAGCACAGCCCGAGCGAGCAGAGCACAGCUGCGCAGGUGACAGAUUACGCUUGCCAAGGUGGUUGUGUAAUGUUCCUUUUGUCAAGCCUGACACCUCUGCUGUUGAUGACGCCUGUGUUCUUUCUGGGCAACGUCAAUGAAUGUUUCCACAACUUCAGCCAGAGCCACAGGUGUAUGCUGAUGCACUCAGAGCCACUGCCCCCCACCAACACGUCUGUCUGCAGCACACUCUAUCUUUACGGUGUCACCGUUUUCCUGGCCAGCUUUUUCUUCAGCCUCCUCACCAUUGUGGUCUUACUCGUCCUCGCCCAGACGUUAUAUAAGAAGUUUGUGAAAUCGAUGGGCCUUCUGGAGAGCGAGCAGUGGGCAGUGAUCCACACGGUGGGUCAGCGAGUGCGUUUCUUCCCAGCGGCCUUUGUGUGCUGCUGGGGCCCAGCUGUCACACUGCUGAUCAUGAAGCUGACCAAGCCGCAGGAGACCUCCCUGCACGUGGCCCUCUCUGUGCUCCAGGCUCUUACAGCAGCGUCCCAGGGGCUGCUCAACUGUGGCAUUUAUGGCUGGACACAGUGCAAGUUCCAGCAGAUAAAGUGCGAGCCUCCCCGUGACGCAGACACUCAGACCCCACUGCUGUGCUCACAGAAGAGAGUUUAUAGCAGGGGCCCGAGCGCAUCGAGGCCUCCUCUUGCCUUUGCUUCCAGCUCUUCCACCAUUCUUUGAGCCUCUGGACUGCACCGUCAGGGAGUGAAUGUGUCCCAGGAGUGGACUCUCUGCUGGCCACACCCCAGACUGAUGGCCACACCCAGGCUGAUGGCCACACCCAGACUGAAGAGCUGAAAGGAAAUGUAGGGCCAUGGCCAGUAGCAAUUGUGGGCGAAUUCGGAAGGAACUCUCCAACUGCUCGUUCAGGGAGAUAUAGCCGCUUUCUAUCUAAGAGACUCAUUACUUUGACAAGUACUAGACUUAUUUACAUCUCUUGAAGAAAAAAUAAAUGUCAGGUUCAUAUGUAUGUGUGUCAUU